AUCCUGGCUGGCGAUGUCGCCAAUUUCUCCAACUCCCAGAACGGGCAAGGCAAGCCUAGGCUAACAACGACCAUCCGGGGACCCGCGGAGCAGCUGGAGGUCGAGAGUCCUGGGUGCCGUCCUCUGCAGCGGUCUGCGAGAGCUGUUUCUCCCGGGGGCCCCCGAGGUGGCACUGACCGGGGCGCACUCCCAGAAGGCCAAGCCACGACCUUCGGCUGCGGAGAGCCCAUUGCCAAGCUCCUCGCCCUGCGCUGGGCGGGCCGGCGGGGGCCGGGGCGGGGCUGGCGGCAGAGCUUUAAGAGGGCGGGGGCGGGCAGAAGCGGAGCCUGUGAGGGGGGACCCUAGCGAUGGAGACCGCCCGGGACUACGCCGGAGCCCUCAUCAGGCCCCUGAGGUUUAUGGGAUCACAGACCAAGAGAGUCCUACUAACCCCCCUGAUGCAAUCGGCUCGCCCUUUCCGGGUCUCCAACCACGACAGAAGCAGCCGGCGAGGCGUGAUGGCCACCAGUCUGAAGGACCUUCUCAGCAAGACCCUGGAAGCCUUGGUGAUCACCAGCGGACUGGUCAGUUUGGUACUGGAGGAAGACGGGACCGUGGUGGAUACGGAAGAGUUCUUUCAGACCUUAGAAGACAACACGCAUUUCAUGAUCCUGGAGAAAGGGCAGAAGUGGACACCGGGUGGCAACUACGUCUCAGCUCGCCAGCAGCCAAAGAAAGCAGGGAUAGCAAGGGUCACCUUCGACUUGUACAAGCUGAACCCCAAGGAUGUCAUUGGCUGCCUCAAUGUGAAGGCCACUAUGUAUGAGAUGUACUCGGUGUCCUACGACAUCCGGUGUACGGGAGUCAAGGCCCUGCUGAGGAGCCUGCUGCGACUCGUGUCCCAUGCCGCCCAGGUAACUGGACAGCUGCUCAUCUACACUGGCUCAUACAUGCUCCAGCUGCUGGGUGACACAGAAGGGCCGGCUCCUCGCAGGUCACACUCCAGACAGGGGUUCACGUAUGGUUAGAGAGGCCAUCUGCAGGGACCCAGCUGGCUCUUCACCCAACAUUCCCUCUCGAAUGAUGAUUUUGAAGAUGCUUCUGUUCUAAACCACACACACUUGGACACCGCCGGGCACCUGUGCUCGGGUGUGGCACCCAGGGGGGAAGAAGGAGCUGACGGCCCAUGAGAUGGGGGCUGCCCAGUGGGAUGUCCCGAAGGCAGGAGAGGUGGAGGGGCCUCGGAGGCAAGCAACACACACACACACACACUGGGUCUUUUAGCUCCUCUCCUCCUGCAAUAAACCAAUCCCAAGAGCUACUUUUCAUACGG